GUACAUGUACGACAACUAUGAAACCUGUAUUGAUGUCAAGAUGAAUGUUGUGUUUACCCUGAGUGAUGGAGAGGAAGUAGUAAGAUUUGAUGGAAAUAACUUCACAGUGAAGAGUGGGGAUUGUGCAACUGUAGGAGAAUAUCAGGCUGUAUUGACAUUGACAAAUUCCAACGAAGACCUUUUGGCCUUGACUUUCAAUGCUCUCCCUUAUUUAUCAGUAAACAUGAGCUUGAUGUUUACAUUUGCUCCAGUAAAGUUCUUUCCAGGAAUACCCAUACCAAAUACAAUAAGUUUGUUGGACACUGGAGACUUGAAACUUGGAUUUGACACCCAGCUUUAUCGAUGUGAUUCCUCCCAGAGAAUGACAUUAACUGGGGACCUGGAAGGGACCACUUAUACCAUGAACAUGGACAUGUCUAAUGUGCAGAUUCAGGCUUUUAAUAUAAAAAAUGGAAAACUCAGCACUGACGUGUUUGUGUGUAGUGCUGAUCAGAUGACAUCUGUAGCACAAGAGACAACAAAAGCAACCUCUGAACCCACUCAACCCACAACAGAACCAUAUGAUAUAACAACAGUGGGUCCCUCUGAUGUAACAACGGUGGGUUCAUCCAAUGCUACAACAGAAAAAACAACAGUCCCAUCUGGGGGUCCUACAACUUUACCUCCAAAUCCUUCAUUUCCACCAAAGUCCAGAUAUGAAGUCAAAGAGAACUCCAAAGUCUGUCUCAUCUUGGAGGGACGCUUCCAGCUAAAAGUGACUUAUAUCACAAAGGAGAAUAAAACUGCUACUACAACAGUGGAUGUUCCAGUGAGUAGUGAUGUCACUGUCACAGGAACAUGUGCCAGUGGAAAUGAAAACCUUUCUGGUCUCACUAUCACACCAAAAGAUGGAGAAAUUCAAUCCUUGAUAUUUAAUUUUGAAAUAAUGAACGGAAAAUCUAACCUUAUGUCUUGGUUUGCUAAUGUAAAUAUCUCGGAUGCCAUAGAACCUGAUUUCAACCACUCAGUGACUGAUAAAGUGAAUUUGUCAAGUCCUAAGUUAUAUUACAAGUGUGAAAAGGAGGGAAACUUUUCGGACAGUACCCUGGCCUUCAUGUACAUGGAGUUAAAAAUGCAGGCCUUUAAUGUUGAAGACGGAAGGUUCUCAGAAAAUGGAGUAUAUUGUGAGGCAGAUUUUGGACCCAUUCCAGCUCCAGGUUACUCUCCUGUUAAUAUAUAUUCUGUAUUGAAUGGUAAUAAGACCUGUGUUUUAUUCAAAGGAAGCAUCCAGUUCUAUAUUCCGUAUAUUUCAAAAACUGGCAUAACCACAGAAGUGGUUUCCCUGCCAGCAGUGUACAAUGUGUCCGGUGAAUGCAACACAACUCUGAAUGGACUCUUCUCUCAGCAAAUGGUCAUUCGCUUUUACGACGCCUGGAUCUUGACUAUUUACUUCUCAACUGACAAGAAUCAAAAGACAGAUCUAUUAUCAGCUGGGACUCCUGUUGAUAACUACUAUAUCUCACAAAUAGAACUGAAGUAUGACUACAACAACAUCCUCUUUACGGAUGCAGUCGAUAGCAUUCUUGGAAAAGAAAUGUCAGUUGUUGCUGACAAUCUUAGAAAACUCACAACGAAUAAUGACAAGAGCUACAAGUGUCUGAAAGAAACUACCUUUCAUCUGCAAAAUGGAUUAUCUAUGGUUACCAAAGACCUUCAGUACCAAUCUUUCAAAACUGGGGAUACUGCAGACUUCAGUGCGGCAGUCAAUUGUGACAGUGAAGAAGACAAACAUUACAUACUGUACAUCGCUAUAGGAGCAGCAGGUUUAGGAUGUCUCCUUAUUGUCGUUCUGGUGGUCACUGUAUACGUCAUCAACAAACGCCGGAAAUAUGAACAAUUAACUUUAUAA